AUGCUCUGGCCGACGGGAAGGAUGAACCAUGUGCAGGUGAGAACAUCCCUGUAUGCCGCUGCCAUCCUUUCCGAGGGCUCCGUUACUACACGCGGUGAUGCCGCCUUCGGUGGUGACAGUGGCCUUGCGCAAGACCAACUGAAGAACGUAAACCUGGUCCAAGCUAAUCACCACGCCUUCGCAGCGAUCCUGACCGACGGGUCCGUUGUUACCUGGGGCAAUGCUGCCUGCGGCGGUGACAGUGGUGCCGUGCAGCAUUGCCUGAAGAACGUGAAGCACAUUCAAGGGUCCUUUCGAGCAUUUGCAGCCAUACUCGCCGACGGAUCCGUUGUGACCUGGGGUCAUAUCGACUACGGUGGCGACAGCAGUGCUGUGCGGGACCAGCUAACAACAGUUCAGCAGAUACAAUCCACACAAAACGCGUUUGCCGCAAUCCUCAAAGAUGGAUCUGUGGUGACGUGGGGUGACGAGGACUACGGCGGGGACAGCAGCAAAGUGAAGGAGAAGCUGAGAGAUGUUCGGCAUAUUCAGUCUACUUACACGGCAUUUGCUGCUAUCCUCGGGAAUGGUGCCGUGGUGACUUGGGGAGAUGCUGAUUACGGUGGCAACAGUAGCUCCGUUGAAGUCAGGCUGCAGAACGUACAGCAGAUCCAAGCAACCGAAGCAGCAUUUGCUGCGGUCCUGAGCAACGGCUCGGUUGUCACCUGGGGUGAUUUCCAAUAUGGAGGUGAUAGUAGCGAUGUUCAGGAUCAACUGAAAGCUGUAACGCAGAUCCAGGCUUCUAGGAGGUCCUUUGCCGCUCUCUUGAGCGACGGAUCCGUGGUGACGUGGGGCGAAAUGGACCAACAGAUUUGUUUCGCAGACUAUGCUGGAGACCUCGCUGCUAUUGAGCGGUUGAAGAGUGUGCAGCAGAUCCAAGCCUCUGGGGGCGCUUUCGCAGCCAUCCUUGGUGAUGGAUCUGUCGUGACCUGGGGCGAUGCAGCUGAAGGUGGUGACAGCAGUGCGAUGCAAGCGCAGCUGACGAAUGUGAAGAUGAUCCAAGGCACCGAGUUUGCAUUUGCUGCCAUCCGGAAUGAUGGGUCUGUUGUGACCUGGGGUCAUCCCGAAAAUGGCGGUGACAGUAGCCAUGUUCAGCAGCAGCUGAAGGAUGUGCAGCAGAUUCAAGCUUGCAAGAAGGUCUUCGCUGCAAUCUUGCGCAGCGGAUUUGUGGUAACCUGGGGCGCGCAUGCGGACUGGUGUUGA